GAAAGCGAAAGAUAAUAGAAAACCAAAGUUGGGGCUUUUUCUCAAUCGCAGCGUCGUCUUCUUCAUCACAAAGCUCGCAGCUUUUCUUCACUCUCUUAAAUUUCAACCGCCUUCUUAUCCAGGUAUACAGAUCUGGAAUAAGCGGAACUGGAACUUUGUUUUUGAGGUGCUGCUGGGCUUUUAGUCCUUGGCGAAUUAGCUUUUGACAUAAGACUAGGAGUUGUGAGGGGUAUAGGUUCUGAUGGCUAGACGGCACAGUAGUGAAUCGAGUGAUGAUGAUGUGAGGGGUGCAAGAGAUAAAUACCGUAAAAGUGAGUCCAGGAUGAACAAUCAUAUUGAGCAGGGUGAAAUCGAUUCGUCGGAUUCUGAUAGAGAUAAUAGAACAAAGAAACGAGGGAGAUUGGAUGAUGAGGAGGAGAGGGAAAGGUCCAGUGAGAGGGAUCUCAGUGGACGUGGAAGGUGGCGUGGUGAUCGUCAAGAUAGGGAUCGACACACUUCUGAUGAAGACGGUGAGGAGAAAGAAAGGGAAAGGAAAACUGAAAAUGGGAACAGACAACGUGAAAACGGGAAUGGUGACACAGGUAGAGAACAUAGAAGUUCUGAAGAAGAUGAUGAGCGACUGAAGAGAUACCGACAUGAGAGUGGACAUAGAAGGCGGGAAAAUGAGGAUGGUCGAAGAAGUGGGGACAGGCAUUCACGUCGUUACUCUGACCGCAGGGAUGAAAGGGAAGAGCGUAGAAAGUCAGAAUGGAGAAGGGAUAGUAGAGAUGAUGGAAGGAGAAGGGAUAGUAGAGAUGAUGGAAGGAGAAGGGAUAGUAGAGAUGAUGAAAGGCAAAGUAGGCAUAGAAACCGGGCUGAUGAUGGUGAUGUGAAGUAUCACAGAAAUAAGGAGGUGAAUGAAAGACGAGAAGACACUGAGCGAGAUGAUAGGAUGCUUGAGAAUUCAAAACCUCAAGGACGGUCAACAGUGCAAGAGGGAAAUCUGAAUACAAAUAUGGCAAAUUUGGGAAAGACCGGAGGAGUUUAUAUUCCACCUUAUAAGUUGGCGCGAAUGAUGAAGGAGGUGGAAGAUAAAAGUAGUGUUGAGUAUCAGCGCUUAACAUGGGAUGCCCUCCGAAAGAGCAUCAAUGGGCUUGUGAACAAAGUCAAUGCUGCAAACAUUAAAAAUAUAAUUCCAGAAAUAUUUGCAGAGAACCUCAUUCGUGGAAGGGGUCUCUUUUGUCGAUCCUGUAUGAAAUCUCAGAUGGCUUCUCCAGGCUUUACAGAUGUUUUUGCGGCCUUCGUUGCUGUUGUUAACACCAAGUUUCCUGAGGUUGGUGAACUUCUGUUGAGAAGAAUUGUCUUGCAGCUUAAGAGAGCUUUUAAGCGGAACGACAAGCCACAACUACUAGCUGCUGUUAAGUUUAUCGCUCAUCUUGUCAACCAACAAGUGGCUCAUGAGAUUAUAGCAUUGGAAUUGCUCACUGUGCUGCUCGAGAACCCUACCGAUGAUAGUGUUGAAGUUGCUGUUGGCUUUGUCACAGAGUGUGGAUCAAUACUUCAAGACCUUUCACCUAAAGGGCUCCAUGGUAUCUUUGAGCGUUUUCGUGGAAUUCUGCAUGAAGGAGAAAUUGAUAAACGAGUUCAAUUUUUGAUUGAAGGCUUAUUUGCUAUACGGAAAGCAAAGUUUCAGGGGCACCCAGCUGUUCGUCCAGAACUGGACCUUGUGGAGCAAGAAGACCAGUUAACCCACGAAAUUUCUCUUCAAGAGGAGAUAAAUCCAGAAAUUACCCUUGAUAUUUUUAAGCCUGAUCCUGAUUUCAUUGAGAAUGAGAAGCGCUAUGAAGAGGUGAAGAAAACAAUUCUCGGUGACGACUCUGAAGAGGAAGGCUCUGAUGCAGCUUCAGAUGGUGAGGAUGAUGAUGACGACGACGAUGAAGACGAUGAAGAAGAGGAUGAGCAGCAAAUGAUUAUUAGAGAUGAGACGGAAACAAAUCUUGUGAAUCUUCGAAGGACAAUAUAUCUGACUAUCAUGUCCAGUGUAGAUUUUGAGGAAGCAGGUCAUAAGCUCCUUAAGAUUAAGCUUGAGCCAGGCCAAGAGAUGGAGCUAUGUGUCAUGCUUUUGGAAUGUUGCAGUCAGGAGAGAACGUACCUCCGCUAUUAUGGUCUCUUGGGACAGCGGUUCUGCAUGAUCAACAGAAUCCACCAGGAAAAUUUUGAGAAGUGUUUUGUCCAACAGUAUUCAAUGAUUCACCGGCUUGAAACAAAUAAGCUACGUAAUGUAGCUAAGUUUUUUGCGCAUUUACUCGGAACAGAUGCCCUUCCGUGGCAUUGCUUAGCCUAUAUACGGUUAACUGAAGAGGACACCACUUCUUCUUCUCGUAUUUUCAUCAAGAUCCUUUUCCAGGAAUUGUCUGAGCAUCUUGGUAUUCGUCUGCUUAAUGAGCGGCUGACUGAUCCUGCUAUGCAAGACUCUUAUGAAUCUAUUUUCCCAAGGGAUAACCCCAAGAACACCCGCUUUGCUAUCAACUUUUUCACAUCCAUUGGGCUUGGUGGCAUCACUGAAAACCUGCGUGAGUAUUUGAAGCACAUGCCACGCCUUAUCAUGCAACAACAAAGAGCAGCGUCAGAUGUAGAAUCCGACAGUUCUGGUUCAUCGGGUUCAGACUCUGACUCAGAAUCGGCUAGCUCCGAGUCGGAAUCAGAAUCAGAAUCAUCAAGCUCUGAAAGUGAAAGUGAUCGCGAUGAAAGACGCAAGAAGAAACGUAGGAGAAACUAGUUUCUCUAAUGCCGUGGAAACAGAUGACAUGAGGUGUUAAAUUGAAGCAGUUAUCUCUAUAUUCCUUGAAUUUCACGAAGUGUAAUAUACUGCCUGGAUUUGGUUUGGUGUGAAUUUUGGUUACUGUCCAACUGCAGUGAGAACAGAAAGGGUGUAUCCGAUCAAGUUUCUGCAGAUUCUGUAUUAGUUAUUGUAUCACAGAUUUUCUUUUCUGUAAUGUGUACACUAUCGAAGCCACUUCUUCCAAUUUUGAUACUCUAUGAACAAUGCCUUUAGGUUAUGUUCCAAGUGUGUGCCCCUUUAAAUGGAACAUAUAUAUGAUGCGCACACUAAUAAAGCGCUUGCCAUCCUAUC